AUGGGAUCGUCUCUCUUUUGGUAUGAAAACUGGACAGGACUUGGAGCUUUAUAUUUUGUUGUACCUCCAGAUUUUGUAAUUGAUGAUUCUAUCAACAAUGUUUAUGAGGUGGUGCAUAAUGGUGUAUGGGAUGUUGAUAGAUUGAUGGAGGUAUUGCCUGAUGAUUUAGCAGUAUAUAUAUUAGAAAAUAUUAAGCCCCCAACUGCUAUUGAUGUGCUAGACAAACCAUACUGGAUGUUAGAAUCAAGAGGGGAUUGUACUGUGAAAUUUGCUUGGGAAUAUUUGAGGAGAAGGAAUGAUCCUGCGAUAUCAUAUAGUAAAAUGUGGGUAAAGGGAUUGCCUUUUAAAAUAUCUUUGUUCUUGUGGAAGGUUUGGAAAGCAAAGUUGCCUCUAGAUGAUUGGAUGAGAUGCUUGGGAUAUUUUAUGCCAUCGAAAUAUUGGUGUUGUGUUCAAGAGCAGGAAUCACUACCUCAUCUGUUCUUUACAUCAGUUGCAGCUAGAAAAGUAUGA